CGAAGGCCCGUCUACGGCGGCGGCACGUACGAGCCAUCACAUCCCUCUGAGAUGGACUCGAGGAUUUACCCAAACGGCGAAGUAGCUGUCUCACAACAUAGCUCUGCUUUGUGUUACUCUCCAACCACGUGUCUAUACCCUUCCAGAAGACGCAGAAAAUUGUGUACGGUACGACGCAACCACGUCUUUCUGUGCUGCAUACACGAUAUCACGAACAUGAGAGUGCACGGACGUAUGGGAGAUGAACGGCCAGGGUCUUCGUUGAUGGAAAAUCUCCCACCUCGGACAUGGUCACUCGCGCGAUUCGCGGAGUUCCUACCACCACUACCCUGGAUCUUGUGCCCGAUGUGGGUAUCGAAUUUACCCGGCUUUUGGAAGGCACUGCUUCCACGACAAUUCUCAGCAAAAGCGCUACAACAGUUGUUGAGUUUCUGUCACAAUCGGCUCUCUCAAGAUUCGACUGCAUUUUGCAAGCCGUUUCGAUGGACGUCAUGCACCUGUAUCGACUCUCUGUUUAGCCAGAGACCUGCAUGAUCUUCCGGCACAACGCUAAACAGGGACAUUUCGUAUCUUUCUAAGCGAACAAGAACACGCAGGGGUGUCGCUGCUUUGGCCGCUGCCUGAUCCGUCAUCCACGGGACACAACACAGUCUUGUGUUUGUGCCAUCCUAGUGAUCAUCUCGGUCAGUUAAUGUUACGAGUCGGCAUGGCAGCGGCAUCCCCACUAACAUUGCCACCGAGGCUGUAUCUCGUCAGCAUGUGUAUAG